AUGUUCUCCCGACUAAAAGGCGUCCUCGAAUCCCACAUCGGCGAGAUCGACUCGCAGCUCGCCGCCGAAUCGCGCUCCCGCAGCACCCCCUCCCACUCCCCCGCCCCCUCCUCCUCCUCCUCCUCCCGCCGCCCAGCGUCCACCACCCGUGGCCCGCGCGCCGCGUCCGUGUCUGCCCCCGCCGACUUUGAGAGCGACGGCGCGACGCCGCCGCGCGCGGGGACGCCCGUGGGGGAGGUUGUGGGUGAGGAUCCGCUUGGUGCCCUCGGCGGUGGUGGGGAGAAGAGUACCGGUGGGGGGAGUGGCAGGGCGACGCCGCGGCUGGAGAGGAAUGGGCUGGGUACGGGGGAAAGCAGGCCGGGGACGCCGAGUAAUGGUGCUGGAGGCGGUGGUGGUAAUAGCGGUGGCGGAGGAGGAGGAGGAGGUGGAGGCAGCAGCAUAGCAAACGCCGAUCUCCCCACCGACGUGCGCGUAAAGCUGCGGAAGCUGGAAAAGAUUGAAGCAAAGCACAACGAGCUCCUCCGCUCCUACAAGAUCGUCCACGCGCGCAACGCCCUCAUCGAGCCCUUCGAGAAGGCGCUGCGCGAAAACACGCCCUUCGAGGGCCUCGCCGACGGAAAGGCGCUCAUCGACUGGAUCGGCAGCUUCAGUCUGCGCGCAGACCUAGCGCGCGAGGAGCUCAUCCGCGUGUGCAAGGAGCGGGACGAGCAGAAGGCGCUCGUCACAAAACUACAGGACGCCGCCAAAACCACACCUCCACCAGAGGAGAAGAAGGAGACAGACGACAUUUUCAAUUUCGACGACGAGCACGCGCAGCUGACGGGGCAGGUUGCGGCGCAGGCGGCGGAGAUUGCGGCGCUGAAGACGCGGCUGGAGGAGGGGCUGCUGGAGGGGGCGAGGGAGGAGGCGGCGGCGAAGGGGAGGGAGCUCGAGGAGGUCAAGGCGAAGGAGGAGGCGCUGGCGAAGGAGAUGGCGGAGCUGCGCAAGAGCGUUGAGGACAAGACGAAGGCGGCGGAGGAACAGACCAAAGCCGCCGAAGAAAAGACCAAGGCCGCCGAAGAGAAAACCAAAGCCGCCGAAGAAAAGACCAAGGCCGCCGAAGAAAAGACCAAGGCCGCCGAAACGCAACUCAAGACGGCCACCGAAAAGCUCGCGGCCGCCACCGCCUCCGAAAAAUCCGCGACGCAAAAACUCGCCUCCGCAUCCGCCGCCGCCGCCUCCGUCGACACGCGCACCGCCGAGCUGACCAGCAAGCUGCAGCAGCUCUCCACGCUCACGGCAAGCCUCAACGCCAAGUCCGAGCAACUCGCCGCAACAGAGAAGGCCGCACAGGGCGGCAACGCGCGCGUCGAGCAGAUCCAGCGCGACCUCGCGCACAAGCAGACGUACAUCGAGGGGCUAGAGCGCAAGCUCGCGGAGCACGCCGAGAAGAUGCGCAACAUGGUGACGUACAGCAAGGACGUGCGGGAGCUGCGCGAGGCCAAGACGGCGCUGGAGCGCACGGUGGGGGUGCUGGAGGGGCGGCUGGAGGAGGCGCUGCGGAAGCAGGUGGUGCCGGCGGCGGAGGAGGCGAUGCCCGAGACGCCGACGACGCCUGUGCCCGGGGCAGCAGCAGGGGCGGCGGGGGCGGCGGGGAAGAAGAAGAAUAAGAAGAGGAAGAAGGGCAAGGGCGCGGGGGCGGCGUCGGUCGAGGGCUCGGUGAAGGGCGAGGAGUCCGUCAAGGAGAGUGAGAUGGUCGAGGACGAGCCUGAGCCUGCCGCUACCGCCGCGGCGGGCAGCACGUAUACUGCCGGCGCCAUCAUCGAGGGCCUCCAGAAGGAGGUCGCGGCGCUGGAGAAGAAGCUGCACGAGACCGAGUCCCGGGCUGAUGCACUCCAGGCGCAAGCAGCAGACACCACCGAACUCGCAUCGCUGCGCGCGGAGGUGGCAGAGGCGAAGCAGAAGCUGUCCGAGACGGAGGAGAAGCUGUCAGAGAAGGAGACGGCGCUGUCAGCGACGAGCGAGAAGCUCUCCGAGAAAGAGGCCGACCUCGAGAAACGCGACACCUACAUCGAACAGCUCAAGAAGAAGUCCGCCGCCGCCGACGAAAUGCGCGAGGAGCUCGAGAGCCUGCGCGACGACCUGGUCAAUCUCGGCGGCGACCUGACGGACGCCAAAGACGCGCUCAAGGAGAAGAGUCUUGCGCUGCAGGCCGCCCAGAAGCUCGUCGACGAGCUCGAGCCCAAGGUCUCGAGCCUCGAGGCGGAGAUCACGGCGCUGAAAGAGGCCUCCGCCAGCACCUCUGCGGGCCUCGAGGCCGCACACAAGGCCCUCCAGACCGCGCACGAAGCGCUACAGGCCGAGACCGAGUCUCUCCGGGCCGCCGCAGAAACACUCACCGCGGACCUCACCGCCGCGCAGCAGCUCGCCGCCACGCGCGCCACAGAGCUCACCGACGCCCGCAGCGCGCUCGAGAAGGCGCAGUCAGAGCUCAUCCCACUGCGCACCGAGGUCGCAACACUCAGCGCGGCCAAAAACGAGGCGAACCAAAAACUCGUCGAGCUGCGGCGCCUCGAGCGCGUCGAGCGCGACCUCAAGUCCGAGGUGGCAACACUCACAAAGAAGCUCACCGAGAAAGACGGCGAGCUCGAGAAGCAGCGGCAGAAGGUGCGCGAGGAGGCUUCGCGGCGCGUCACGGCCGAGGAGGCCACGCGGGCCGUGCAAAAGUCGCUCCGCGGCGCCGAGGACGAGCGGACGAAGGCGCAGGCGGCCAUAGAGAAGGGCGGGAAGGAGCUGCGGGGCGUGCAGGAGGAGCUGGGCGCGGCGAGGGCGCGGCUGGCGGCGCUGGACGGGGAUGUGAAGGUGCUGCGGGACGAGCGUGCGGCGCUGCGGGAGGAGCUGGAGGCGAAGAAUUCGCAGUAUGCCGGUGCGCAGGAGAUGGUUAGUGCGCUGCGGAGCCAGACGGGGGAGCUGGCGCAGCAGAUGCGGGAGGCGGCGGAGAAGUGUGAGGGUGUUGAGGAGGAGCUUGUGGAGACGCAGAGGCUGCUGGGCGAGCGGACGAGGGAGGCAGAGACGAUGCGGAGGCUGCUGGGCGAUGUGGAGGCGCGGCAUGAGGCGCGGGCGAGAGAGAUGAAGGAGCGGCUUGAGGCGGCGGUGGAGGAGCGGGAUCGCGCGGAGGAGGAGGCGGCGACGGUGGGGAGGCGCAGGGGGAGGGAGGUGGAGGAGCUGCGGGAGAGGAGGGAGUUGACGGGCAUGAGGGAGGCGAGGACGAAGGUGGAGGCGGAGCUGGAGAGGGUCACUAGGGAGUAUGGCGAGACGAAGUCGGCGCUGGACAGCAUGAGAGACACACUCGACCAGACAGACGGACAGGUCCGCGAGAUUGAGCGCCAGAAGGCGGAGACGCGCAAGGAGCUCGAGGAGCUACAGAGCAAGUACGACAAGCUAUUAAAGACACACAAGGCCCUCCAAGACGACCACCGCACCACGCGCAGCAAGGGCAUCACCAGCCCAGCGUCGCCCCCGCCGCCAUCGACGCGGGGGCAGCAGAACCGCACCUCGGUGGACUCGUCGCGGUCGUCGCUGGCGGGCGACCAGGCGGUCAACACGGACUAUCUGAAGAACGUGUUUCUGCAGCUGCUGGAGCAGAAGGAGAAGCGCACGCAGAUGCAGCUGGUGCCGGUGCUGGGCAUGCUGCUGAAGUUUGAUCGCAGGGAUGAGCAGAAGUGGACGGCGGCGGUGGCGGCGCUGAGGAAUUCGUAG